AUGAAGGGUGCAAAGGGGUCGAGCUGCCCGCUGAGCUCCGAGCCGGAGGUGGCGGAGGUGGUGCUCGGGGAGGACGACGAGUUCCUCAUCAUCGGCUGCGACGGCGUGUGGGACGUGAUGAGCAGCCAGUAUGCGGUCACCGUGGUUCGACGGGAGCUCAUGGCGCACAACGACCCUGCCGCGUGCUCACGCUCGCUCGUGCGCGAGGCCCUACGACGCAACACGUGCGAUAACCUCACUGUGGUAAUCGUCUGUUUCUCGAGGGACCCGCCGCCGAGGAUAGAGGUGCCCAACAGGUCGCACAAGCGCCGGAGCAUAUCGGCUGAGGGGCUUGACCUGCUCAAGGGCGUCCUGGCCGAUGCAUGA